UUUCGCCACUUGAACUUGUGUUAUGUUGGGUUUUUUUGUUGGUGUUUUUUUUCAUUCAAAACUCUCUGUGCUGCUGUCAACUUCCUGUCCCACCGAUUUAAAGCGAAACUGUUUGCGCCACUUCGUUCCCUCUGCGCUACGCGGCUGGCACGUGAGCAGAAAUGCAGGUUUCUCACCUGCUCUUGGAGACUCUGGAAGAGCUGGUCGACGAUGACUUCCGCACGUUCAAGUGGUACCUGGCGACGGACGUCUUGGAUGGCUGCAGACCGAUUCCGAAGUCCCGUCUGGAUAAGGCGUCCCGGACGGAAACUGUAACUAAAAUGAUUGCCAGCUACUGCCACGAGCCGGCCGUGAAAGUCACAGUUGAGAUCUUAAAGUCUAUGAACUUUAACGAUGAUGCCGAGAAGUUAAAGAACAGAUAUGCAGAGGGACAAACAGCCUCCGCCUCCACCUCCUCCGCUUCGGCUUCUUCUGCUGCUCCUGCCACAAUGUCUGCUCACCAAGGAAGUGUGAUCAUCGCUCCGAACAUCAACGGCAGCACGACUGGAUCACUGAAUAUAACCAUCAACAAAUCCUGAUUAAUUCAUUUUUUAAGCUCCAGGAUUUAAAGGGGGGAUGUUGUCAAAAUUAGAAUAUUCAUAAUCAUGUUUUCAUACAGAAGAUUAGUAUGUUGUCUUUAUGUCCUUCAUGUUCUACAGUAGCCCAGAAGGGACAAACCAAACAUUGUUUUUUUAGGUUUUGAAUUUAACUGAACGUUGAAUGGCUGAUGCCAUGGUUACCCAACCUGCAACCUCACUGCAGAUGCCACAAAGUCCUGCACACUGAAAAGAAUUGAACAUAAAUUUUUGUCUAAAUGUUUUAGCGCCAAUUGUGUCCAUUAAAGACGACUUUGUGACCGUUCUCUUAAA